GCAGAAAUGUUUCUCUGAUGGGCGGCGCAGUUCGCGGCCACGGCGGAGCGGAGCGGAGCCGCGCGCUUGCAUUCACGUCGGCGGCGGCGGCGAGGUUUCUGUGAGCGUCGAUGCGGUGCGCCUCCCCGUACUCGUACGCCGUCCUCGAGUGCCUCCUCCAGCAGCACUUCCCCUUCCCGCGCCGCCUGCUGCAGCUGCACGCGCUCCUCCUCACCUCCGGCGUGCUGCUCCCCGACCCCAAAUGCUCCGCCGCCACCGUCACCGCGUUCCCCUACAACUGCCUCGCCCACGCGCACCUCCGCCUCUCCGCCGCCUCCUCGUCGGCAUUCCCCCCGUCGGCCCCGCUGCGCCUUUUCUCCGCCAUGCUCGCCCGCGGCGCGCGCCCCAACCGCCACUCCUUCCCCUCCCUCCUCAAGUCCGCCUCCGCCUCGGGCUCCGCCGCCGCCGCGGGGGCGCUCCACGCGCAGUGCCUCCGCCGCGGCCUCGCGAGCGACCGCUUCGUCGCCUGCUCGCUCGUCAGCGCCUACGGCAGGACGGGCCACCCGGCGCGCGAUGCACGCAAGGUGUUCGACGAGAUGGAGGCGAGGCCGGACCUGGCCGCCUGCAACUCUCUGCUCGAUGUGCUGUGCCUUGCCGGGGACCUCGAAGCGGCGGGGGUCUUCUUGGAGCAGAUGCCAGCUAGGGACGCCGUGUCAUGGACGACAUUCGUGUCUGGGUUGUCGCGCGGUGGCCGGCACCGGUGCGCUCUCGAGGUGUUCAGGGGAUUUUUGCUGGAUAAUAUGGGACGAAGGCUCGAGGAGGCCACGUUGGUCAGCGUGCUUUCGGCCUCUGCCAACCUUGAUGGUGCUGAGGGGCUUAUAUCGGGGAUGGCUGUCCAUGCGUACAUGGUCCGGCAUGAGGUUGAGCCCACUGCGUUUCUUGGCACAGCUCUAGUUGACAUGUACGGGAAGCAUGGGAGGCUUGGUGCGUGUACAAGAGCUUUUGAGUUUGUCUGCAAGAAGGAGGUUUGCACUUGGAACGCGCUGCUUUCGGCAUUGGCUAAUCAUGGGAAGGAGGCUGAAGCGCUGGUUAAGUUUGACAUGAUGAGGACUGAAGGGUUCUUGCCAAAUCAGAUCACCUUUGUUGCUCUGCUGAUGGCUUGUGCUCGUGCAGGAAUGGUGGAGAUUGGGUUAUACUGGUUUGAGGCCAUGGUCGCUGAUUACAAGGUGACACCACUGAUGGUCCAUUAUGGAUGUGUUGUGGACUUAUUAAGCCGUGCUGGCCGUUUUAUGGAUGCCAUUCGAGUUAUAGAGAGGAUGCCCUUCGCGCCUGAUGCUUCUGUGUGGGGUGCUCUUCUUGGGGCUUGUAGGCUCCAUGGAAAUGUGGAGCUUGCAGUGGAGGUUGGGCAGAAACUGAUGGCCCUUGGCCCCCAGCAAUCAGGUCGAUAUGUCACUGUUAGGAAUGUUUUUUUAGAAGAUGGUAAUUGGCAGGCUGGUGUUAGAAUGGGAGAGGUGAUGCAGGAGGCUGGAAUCAAGAAGAUAGUAGGGCAGAGCAGUGUGGUGCUUCGUGGUCAUGCCAUUCCUUGAUUACCGCACGUUGCAAAAUGUGUUGGUCAAGAACAGAUGCUCUUCAAUGAUUGUUAACAUACGUUUCAUCACUUUGGACCUGUUCUGCAUGGGUGUAAUAUAGCUUCAAAGAGAUAUCGCUGUGGUAACAGUAACGCAAUUGGAUUGGUGGCAGUUAGUAGUGACUCGUGAGUCAUGACUCUCAUGACCCAUGAUUCAAUCAGAGGGGAGGAAAGAAUUAAGCCAGCUGGCCACCCAUGCGAAGAAGAGACAGAUUUGAUUUCAGUUGCCUGGGAGCUCCAACUCCAAGCAUUGUGACUCCAGGAGCCCAGGUGGACCAAGGACCUUAACCAGGAAGCCACAUAACUUGGCGGCAACAGGUUGGAGGAAGAACUAUCACACCCACUGACCAGAUGGAAAUCGCUAAUGUGCGAGGGUGGGAAAAUCGCUGUUCUUGCAUCGUCUUCCGACAGACGGCGAGCACUGCACAAGUCGGGGAUAGUAAGCACGGUUUGCAUUGCAGCAGCCACACCUGCAGCUCUGUGCUUCGCCAGAUUAACCGUCUCACACCUGGAUCGUCUCUUGGUGUUGGAAGUCGAAAGCCAGCGCCGCCAGAGCUCAGCACCCGUGCGUUGGAAACAAAAACUGGACGCGAUCUCUCGUCUCAAGUGCAAGACAAAUGGAAACCAGAGAUACCUUUGGGGUCAGGCCAAAAUUUGGCUUGCGAUGGUCGGACAGAAUAUGGGCUGGCAGCAACCGACGGGCCGGGCCGGUUAUGAUAUCUGGGCUGGGCCAUACAUUUGUCAGGAACUGCUGGGCAGGCCAAAUCGCGGCCGGCCGCCGCUUGCUCCAGCACUGUUCUCUCGCGCGCCGAGCAUCACAUCACGACCCUACGUGCUGACCUCGCGCACUCCACCUGGGGAUUGGCAACGGCACUAGGGCCAUGUUUGGAUGAUUCCAUGGAAAUUUUUGCACAAAAAGACGAAUGCAUGCAUGAAGUACUAAACGAAGUUUAUUUGCAAAAUUUUUUUAGGAA